AUGGCCUCCACAUCCACAUCCACAGACCCAACACCUCCCUCCCAGUAUGGCGACAACACCAACAACGGCAUCGUGCGCGGCGCCCUAAUAGUAGUCGAAGGGCUCGACCGCAGCGGCAAAACGACGCAAGUCAAGCUUUUGGAGGAACGAUUCCGUAAAGAAGGGAAAAGGGUCAAGACCAUGCGUUUCCCGGAUCGAACGACGCCCAUCGGGCAAAUGAUCGAUUCGUAUUUGAAGAGCCAGGCGCAGAUGGAGGACCAUGUUAUUCAUUUGCUGUUUAGCGCGAAUCGGUGGGAGGCUGUAAAAACCAUAACCACCGAACUAUCCCUCGGCACAACCCUCAUCCUCGACCGAUACUACUACUCCGGCAUCGUCUACUCCGCCGCCAAGCAGAACCCCUCCCUUUCCUUAUCCUGGGCCCGCGCCCCCGAAAUCGGUCUUCCACGCCCGGAUCUCGUUCUCUUCCUAGACCUAGACGAAGAACAAGCGCGCUUGCGGGGAGGGGGGACGGCGGCUCUUGGUGGUGCUGGGACUGGAGGUGGAGGUAGUGGUGGGAAAGGAGAUGGGGAGGUGAGUAAACGGGAGGCGGUGUUGCUUAGCGAUGAGCCAGCGGCGCAGGAAGAGGUGGCUGUUGGUGCGCCGACACCAUUAGCUGGGUCUGCGGGCGGGCAGCAUAUUGCGAGGGAGUAUGCGUUUAGGCAGGAGGAGGAGGAUUUGCAUGUUGUUGAUGCGAGCGCGAGCGUGGAGGAGGUGGCGGAGGAGGUGUGGAGGGUUGUAAGUGCGAGGGUGGAGGUGGUGGAGAGGGGGGAGGUUGGCAAGGUUAUUAGGAGGGUGUUGUGA